AUCUUCCACUGUCCUGCAACAGGCACCCAAGAAGAAGCUGCUCGUGCUUAUGACAUAGCAGCCAUCGAGUAUAGAGGGAUCCAUGCUGUAACCAACUUUGAUUUGAGUUCUUACAUACGGUGGUUAAAGCCUUCAGGGGGGAACAUCUCAGAAUUAAAACAGGAAUCAGAGGUAACGCCAGAGUCUCAGACAGUGGUAUCUCAAACUCAUUCACCAAUAGAGGGGUCUAAAUCCUUGGCCGUUCAUACAUUUAGUCCAGAUUAUCUCGAUUUACCUCAAAAUCAUGAAAUCUUUGAAAACAAAACAUUCCAAUUCUCCAGCAAUAAGUCAUCUUCUCCAACCGCACUCAGCCUCCUCCUCCGAUCAUCGAUAUUUAGAGAAUUGGUUGAAAAGAAUUUGAACAUGUGUGGAGAUGAAACUGAUGGGGAAGACAAAAAGGAUCAACGCCCACAGAUAACUAGUGAUGAUGAGUUGGGUGGGAUCUUUUACGAUGGAAUUAGCAAUCUCCCUUAUCUGUGAUCUCACCAAAGAAAGAAAUGAAAGAAAAUGAGAGACAUCCAAUCCAUUUCUUUGAACAUGGAGAGAUUCCAAAAGAAGAGUCAUCCCUUGAAGGCAGAGUGCACAACUGCUAGAGACUAAAGGUUACUACUACAAAUCAGAAGCAUAUCUGAGUUGCGAUUGAAUUUGAAUUUCUGCAAAUGUGUAAAUGUGAAUUAUUUACAGAUUUGGACUAGACAAUAAUGUUAACCAUAGUUGUUAAAAUAAGCAGCUUGAUUGCCCCAGACUAUGCACAUGGAAGCCAUAGUUGACACGGUCUAGCUUGACCACAAAGCACCUGGUGCUCAUCCAAAUAGCUUAGUCAUAUUAUUUAGAGCAAAUAAGUUAAGAAUUCAUGUAUUAAAUAUAUGAAACUUGUAACACAUACAAUGCUAAUUAUUUUGUUUUAAAAUUUA